AUGGCAAACACGUCUUUCCAGUUCGACCUCACUCUGAACAACUUUGUCAUCCCAUCCGGCGGCAAAUACCCCAUCUUCUUCUUCGGCAUCGCUAUCUAUCUCUUUAGCGUUUCUUGCAAUGUGACCUUGUUGCUUUUGAUCAUUCUGAAACGCAACCUACACAAGCCAAUGUAUAUUAUUCUGUUCAGCUUGCCUCUCAAUGACCUGAUCGGUAUCAACACCAUGCUACCCAAAGUGCUUUCGGGCAUCGUCAGUGAGAGCCAUCGCGUGAGCUAUCCCCUGUGUGUCCUCCAAGCAUUCCUUUUGCACAUGUACGGAGGCGGGGUUCUGUUCAUUCUGGCUGCUAUGGCGUUUGACCGCUAUGUCGCUAUAUGCAUGCCUCUGCGUUAUAGCACUGUGAUGACGCCAAAGCUAAUUUUGUGCAUUAUUUCUUUAGUUUGGGGUUUGGAUUUAAUCUUGAACUGUAUUCUGUUCUCGCUUCAGUCGCGGCUACCCAAGUGUCGAUCUGUAAUUCUAAAUGUGUUCUGCGAUAAUCCGUCUCUCUUGAAGCUGACAUGCGGGAACACCACUUUGAAUAACAUAAUUGGUUUGUUCAAUACAGCCCUAAUGCAAGCUAUAAGCGUCUCUGUACAGGGCUUUUCUUAUGUCAAAAUACUAAUCACGUGUUUGGUUUCGGAGAAGUUAGAAACUAAAACCAAGGCGAUCAACACAUGCAUGGCUCAGUUGGUGAUAUUUGUCAUGUUUGAAAUUGUAGCAACGUUCACCAUUCUUUCGCAUAGGUUCCAAAAUGUGUCGGCCGAUUUGCAGAAAAUUAUGGGGAUGUUGAUUUUCCUGGUCCCGCCGCUGUUAAAUCCAAUCGUAUACGGGCUGUACACAAAUGAAAUCCGCAAUACUCUCAUGAAAAUUUGGAAAAUUCGAGUGGACGUAAAUAUGUAA